CAAUCGCUUUCCACCAUAGCAGACACUCGCGACCGCAGACCAAGACAAGAUCAGAAAAAAAAGAAAAAUAUUAAAAAAUAAAUGCGAAAAGUCACCGGCGAUAUAAUAAGUGAGCUUCCAUUGCCAGUCCACUCCCCAGUCCACACUCGUUGAUCUCUCAACUUGCAAAAUGCCGUCGGAGACGAGGAGUGGCAUCUGAGGUCGACGAUCUGAAGCUUCGGCUCCGUUCUGUGAUUUGCUGACCGGCCGUUUCUGGAGCCUGACUUCGCAAUCUUAGGGCACGGAAAUGUGGAACGUUGCGCGACUUGCUGUGGCCGCCAGCCUCCGCGGAUCGAGGCGGCUCUCGACCGCGAUCCCCGGCCCCUGCAUCGUGCACAAGCGCGGCGCUGAUAUUCUGCACGAUCCGUGGUUCAAUAAGGAAACGGGCUUCCCCCUGACUGAGAGAGACCGUCUAGGACUGCGAGGCCUACUUCCGCCUCGUGUAAUAUCAUUUGAGCAGCAAUAUGCUCGAUUCAUGGAAUCCUACCGAUCUCUGGAGAAAAAUACUCAGGGCCAACCGGACAGCGUUGUGUCAUUGGCUAAAUGGAGAAUCUUAAAUAGGCUGCAUGACAGGAAUGAAACAUUAUAUUAUCGCGUUCUUAUUGAUAACAUUAAAGAUUUUGCACCGAUAAUCUACACCCCUACGGUAGGAUUAGUGUGUCAAAAUUAUUCAGGUUUAUUUAGACGUCCACGUGGCAUGUACUUCUGUGCAAAGGAUAAAGGAGAGAUGAUGUCCAUGAUCUACAAUUGGCCUGCCCACAAGGUAGAUAUGAUAGUUCUGACAGAUGGUAGCCGGAUCCUUGGUCUUGGUGACCUAGGUGUACAGGGUAUUGGGAUACCAAUUGGAAAGCUCGAUAUGUAUGUUGCUGCUGCUGGUAUCAACCCACAGAAAAUACUACCUGUCAUGCUUGAUGUUGGCACUAAUAAUCAAAAGUUACUUGAAGAUCGUCUUUAUUUAGGACUUCGACGGCCUAGACUGGAAGGGGAUGAGUACCUAGAAAUUGUUGAUGAAUUUAUGGAAGCUGUUCAUACACGUUGGCCAAAGGCAAUCGUGCAGUUUGAGGAUUUUCAAAUGAAGUGGGCUUUUGAAACAUUGCAACGGUACCGCAAAAGGUUCUGCAUGUUCAAUGAUGAUAUCCAGGGAACUGCUGGGGUUGCACUAGCGGGACUCUUGGGAUCUGUAAGAGCACAAGGCCGGCCACUGAAGGACUUCACCAAACAAAAGAUAGUGGUGGUGGGAGCUGGAAGUGCAGGGCUUGGUGUUCUUAGCAUGGCUGGGCAGGCUGUUGCAAGAAUGGCUGGCAAGAGUGAAGCAGCUACAAACAAAUUUUUCCUGCUUGAUAAAGAUGGUCUCAUUACGAAAGAGCGGAAGAACCUUGAUCCUGCAGCUGCACCAUUUGCAAGAAAUCCGGGAGAGAUUGAAGGACUCAGGGAAGGUGCCACCCUACUUGAAGUGAUUAAAAAGGUCAGGCCUCAUGCGCUUCUUGGUUUGUCUGGAGUUGGUGGAAUCUUCAAUGAGGAGGUUCUUAAAGCCAUGCGCGAAUCUGAUUCCCCUAAACCUGCUAUAUUUGCCAUGUCAAACCCUACUAUGAACGCUGAAUGCACUGCUAUUGACGCUUUCAAGCAUGCUGGACCAAACAUAGUUUUUGCCAGCGGAAGCCCUUUCCAAAAUGUUGAUCUUGGCAAUGGCAAAGUAGGUCAUGUAAAUCAAGCAAAUAAUAUGUACCUGUUCCCUGGAAUUGGUCUGGGAGCACUUCUCUCUGGUGCUCGUUUAAUAUCAGAUGGAAUGUUGCAGGCAGCUGCCGAGUGCCUUGCUUCUUACAUGACAGAUGAUGAUAUUCAAAAUGGCAUCUUGUAUCCCUCAGUUAACAGCAUCCGGCACAUAACUGCUGAAGUUGGUUCUGCUGUUCUACGGGCAGCGGUUGCUGAAGAUUUGGCAGAGGGACAUUGCGAUAUGGGUCCGAGGGAGCUCCAGCUGAUGUCAAAGGAGGAGACAGUUGAAUAUGUGACUCAGAACAUGUGGUUCCCGGUCUACAGCCCCCUUGUUCACGAAAAAUAAGACUCUCCAAGCAGCGGUUUAUCUCUCGGAUGUACGAAGAAAGAACCAAAGCAGAUGUAAAGAAGCAAGCAACCCAAUAGUCCGAUUGAUAUUACGUUCUGCCAGUUCCAGGAUAGAAAAAUUGUAUGAUGACGAAGAAACGUACUCCCGAAAUAAGGUUUCUUCUUUAGCUUAGAGAGCCAUUUCCCUCUGGAGAUAUACUUUGCGUGGCAAACGAGAACCCUGGCUGAAUGUCCUGCUCUCAAUUCGUAUCCCUGCCUUUCUUAUUAUUUGUGUGAUGUACAAGGUUUCACCAUAUGAAGUCAAAUCCAACAAUUUUUUUCUUUUAAUUUGAGAAAAAGCAAAUGGGUGAUUCUAACUAA